AUGGUGGGCCCUCAGACCUCCACGCAUACAUUUAAAGUGGCCGCCGGAGUACCUCUCACGAUCGACAUCUCAAAACCGCCAAAUGCCCCGGAAAACGGCAUUACGGUUCUUCAUUUCCAUGGAGGCUUCCUGGUCAUCGGAGAGAAGACCACGUUCCCGCCUCACUGGCUGAUCAACGCCUGCCAUGCCCGUGGCUGGACAUAUGCAACGGCUUCAUACCGUUUAAUGCCAGAAUCUGAAGGACUUGAAGUCCUCUCCGAUGCUCUUGACGCAGUCCAGUGGAUUCAUAAGAACAUUGGCCAUCGCAUUCUAAUCGCCGGAUCAAGUGCGGGCGGGUAUCUUGCACUGGCCACCGCAGCACACCCUGAAUGUCCACGACCACUCGCGGUGCUCUCUGUGUAUGGGAUGCUUGAUCCCGCAAGCACGAGAUAUAUCGAGGGCGGUACACCUCUCCUGGCUCCGGUUGCAGACCUGCCCAUCGCGUUGGAGGAAAUCGACACAGCCGUGAACAGCGGAAAGGCCAUUGACGGCUACGCCUUCCCGGCAAGCCCUCCCACCGAUCAGCGCUUCAAAUGGAUUCGCGCUUUGCAUCAGGCUGCGAGAUAUCCGGAUUUGCUUACACGGACUCCAGGUCUGGCUGGGCAGAUCUCCGCGCAGGGCGCCGACGCGAUUCCCGAACGAUAUCGGACCCUGUUUCCGGUGUCCUUUGGACUGAAGUCAGACUUCCCUCCGACCAUCCUGUUGCAUGGCGACGGUGAUGUACUGGUCGGACUUGAUCAGAGUACUUCGGUCGCUGAAAGAAUGCUCUCACUUGGAGCCGACGUGCAUCUGGAGAUAGCGAAGGGUCAAGGGCACGGUUUCGAGGCCAAGGGUGUUAUUGAUAUUGACGCGAAUGAUGCGGCGGGUGAGGAUGUGGCGAUUAAUGACUGCCUUCGCCGCGUCAUCACGGCACUGGAAAAGCUGAGUUCUUAUUAA